AUGGCAUUUAAGGUGACUGCAUUCGCCGCCCUUGUGGCUAUUGCCCUCGCCCGCCCCGAAAACAUACCUCAAUAUGGAUAUGGCGCCCCAACGCCCUCUUCAGCACCUGCCAAGUAUGAUUUCAACUACGCCGUCAACGACCCACCUUCUGGCAACGACUUCGGCCACGAGGAGGCCCGAGAUGGCCCCAACACUCAGGGUUCUUACUACGUUCUCCUCCCCGACAGUCGUCUCCAGAGGGUCACCUACACUGUCAACGGCGAUUCCGGUUAUGUGGCUGAUGUCACUUACGAGGGUAAUGCCCAGUACCCCUCCACACCACUCCCCUAUACUCCAGCACCUCAGUAUGCUUAG